AUGUCUUCAACUUCAUCUCGUACACAAUUCACAACUGAAGGAUUUUCCAAUUGGAAAAACUCCAGUGAUCGUCUAAUUGAGCAUGAGACUUCAAAAAAUCAUCUAAAUUCAUUUAUUGCAUUUGGACAUCGAUCAGAAAUGUUGGGACGUAUUGAUACAGAACUUCAAAAACAAGUGGAGCAAGAAAAAUCAUAUUGGAAAACAAUUUUGACCAGGCUAAUAAGCGUUAUUAAAUUUUUAUGUAAACGUGGACUGGCUUUAAAAGGAGAUGAUGAACUAGUAGGAUCUAAAAGUAAUGGAAACUACUUUGGUUUACUUGAACUUUUAGCAGAAUAUGACGAUUACUUGAAAAAGCACAUUCAUGAAAAAGGGAAUUGUGGGAGUGGUCACACUAAUUAUUUGUCAUCAAAUAUUUGUGAACAGUUAAUACAAUGUAUGGGUCAUCAAGUUCUAAAUGCGAUAGUGACACGCAUGAAAAUAUCAAAAUAUUAUUCUAUUUCUCUAGAUUCUACACCAGAUGAAGGUCAUGUCGAUCAACUAACUGUAGUAUUUCGGUUCAUGGAAGGCUCUAAACCCGUUGAAAGAUUUUUAAAAUUUUUACCCAAUCAAGGACAUAAGGCACAAGAUAUAGUACAAAUACCAAAAAGAAUUUCUACCACUCGCUGGUCAUGUCGAUCUGACGCAACUAAACCAUUAUUUCAUGGAUAUUCUCAAAUAAAAUCUACUCUUGACAGUAUAUCUAAUAAUUUAAAUGAGUUAUCAAAAACACGUGAUGAAGCAAACGGACUAUACAACAAGAUGUGUAAGUUAGAAACAGGUAUAUAUUGUGCAUUUUGGAACGAAAUUCUGGAUCGUUUCAACGCUACUAAUAAAAUUCUUCAAGCUCCCACAUUAGACCUUAAUAAUGCUGUUGCAUCUGUCAAGUCAUUAAAGUGCUUUAUUGAUGCUCAACGCGAUGGUUUUUCAAUUUUUGAGAAAAAAGGCAAAAUCAUCUCAAAAUCAAAUGAAUAUAAUGAUAAUAAAAAACAAUCUCGUAAACUUAAUAUUCGAUUGAAUCCUUUAGAUUAUGGCAAAGGUCCUGAUUCACAACUAAAUCAUUCAGAAAAAUUUAAAGUAGAAUGUUUUUUACCUGUUAUAGAUCAAAUGCCAUCAGCAAUAAGUCAAAGACUUAAAGCAUAA